CCAACCCGGUUGUCCCGCCUCAAUACCUCUCGACAUCCAGUCUAUCCGAUUCUUACUGGAUCUGAUUCUCUCUCAGUUCAUAAAGAAACCUUUCUAGCCGAUACCACCCUCAAUACACCGCCAAGAUGUUUAUGGCAAGAUCGGAAUACGACCGCGGAAUCAACACCUUCUCCCCCGAAGGCCGCCUCUUCCAAGUCGAAUACUCCCUCGAGGCCAUCAAGCUCGGCAGCACAGCCAUCGGCGUGGCCACCUCGGAAGGCGUGAUCCUGGGCGUCGAGAAGCGCGUCACCUCCACCCUCCUCGAGACCUCCUCCGUCGAGAAGAUCGUCGAGAUCGACCGCCACAUCGGCUGCGCCAUGUCCGGCCUGCAGGCCGACGCGCGGUCCAUGGUCGAGCACGCCCGCGUCGAGUCGCAGUCGCACGCCUUCAACUACGCCGAGCCCCUCCGCGUCGAGUCCGCCACCCAGGCCAUUUGCGACCUCGCGUUACGCUUCGGCGAGGGCGCCGACGGCGAGGAGACCGUCAUGAGCCGACCCUUCGGCGUCGCCCUCCUCAUCGCCGGCUACGACGAGGACGGGCCCCAGCUCUACCACGCUGAGCCUAGUGGUACCUUCUACCGAUAUGAUGCCAAGGCCAUUGGCUCUGGCUCCGAGGGCGCGCAGGCCGAGUUGCAAAACGAGUAUCACAAGUCCCUUACAAUUGAGGAUGCUGAGACACUGGUGCUCAAGACCCUGAAGCAGGUGAUGGAGGAGAAGCUAGAUUCAAAGAACGUGCAGUUGGCCAGCGUAACCAAGGGAAAGGGCUUCAGAAUAUAUACCGACGAGGAGAUGGCUGUUGUUGUGGAGAGGCUUCCUGCGAACUAGACGGAAAGGGGGCGAGUUUGCUGCUUCAAAUACAGAGAAAGCUGAGCCAUGAUGUACCACAAUCAGAAUUGCUCGCAUGGAGGUGAUGAGGAGCUCAUGUAGCAACUGCCCUCUUCAUGACGGAGCCAAAUCAACAUAAGGUAGUCGACUCUGAAAGGUCAUGUACCGCCAUCAUUACUAGGACACGGGGUGUACAUUAAGUCACAAUUCGAGUGGCUUUAUUCUCUAUUCUCCCGCAGGCGACGGGAAUAGGGGUUUCAGCCACCAUCGUUAAGCUCCAAUUUAUCCAGCUCUUGCUCGACACUGA